GCUGAUCAUCGCCUCUUCGCAAUCCUUCUCUCCUUACCGUCAUAUUAGCUUCAUCCUGCGCAAGUCGCAGUCGUCCAUUGUUGUUCUUUUUUCUUUUCUUUCUUCUUGCAUUUCUUUCGUUUGGAUACUGUCCUGCUUAUACUUACUCUGGUUAUACUUAUUCUUUCUUGGUUAGUGAUGUAAAGCAUCCAUGAUUUUCUUGACUUCCGUUUCUUCGUCGUCGGCUUCGGCGACGAUCCUCUCCCGCAUGACAUCUUGCCUGUUGCUUUUUGUCCUAUGCCUCACCCAUGUGCUUGCUCUUGGUGAGGAAGUUGGUGAGGUUACUUCUCAAUUUAAAUCGAGACCCGAUCUGUACCCCCCGGUCUUCACUUUGGAGCUCAGCAUCCCCGAACGUCUCAGCCCCGGCUAUAUCUUCGUCGGCCCGUAUGAAGCUGCCAAUUCGGGCCCGUAUAUAUAUGAUACUCGAGGGAAUCUAGUAUGGAGUGGAUGGGGAGUCGCGGGCCCCGGCAAUUCCCACGGGAUGCACGUAUGCCAGUAUAAAGGAAAAGACCACCUUUGUUUCUUCCAAGGGACUCAGCAAAAGGGAUACUGCAGGGGUCAUGGAAUUAUUAUGGAUAACGAGUACCGCAUUGUGCGCUCUGUGCAGGCGGGUGGCGGAAUGGCGGCCGGCGACAUGCACGAGUUCCUGCUCAUCAACGACGGCAAGACGGCCCUGAUGACCGUUUACCAGCAGCGGCAGUUUGACAUGAGUGCGUGGAAUAUCAAGUCCGGGGUGGGGUGGUUGAUGGAGAGUAUCUUCCAGGAAGUGGAUGUGGAGACGAACGAGGUUCUGUUUGAAUGGAGGUCGCUGGACCAUGUCGACCCGUCUGAUAGUUAUACGCUGCCCGAUUCUACGGAUACGUCGGGGAAUGGGCUGGAACCGCGCUCGCCGUGGGAUUACUUCCAUAUCAAUUCGAUUGAUAAGAAUGCGGACGGGGACUAUCUGAUUUCGUCUCGGCAUACGUGUGCGAUCUACAAGAUCUCGGGCAAGAAUGGGUCGGUGCUGUGGAAGUUGCAUGGGGCGCGUCCGACGUUCAAGAAUAUCAAUUUUAGUUUCUCGCAGCAGCACGAUGCGCGGUGGCUGUUUGAGAACUCGACUCAUACCCUGUUGUCGUUGUAUAACAAUGGCGACAAUGGUUUCAACCAUACCCAUACUUAUUCAUCCGGGAUGAUCAUCCUCAUCGACCAUCGAGUCAAGACGGCCACACAGCUUCGGGAUUAUAUACCGCCAGGCAAGAGUGUUCUCAGCGCGAGUCAGGGAAAUAUGCAGAUGCUGCCGAAUCGCAAUGUGUUCAUGGGCUGGGGCAACAAUCCAUAUGUGUCGGAGCAUGACGAGGCAGGUAAUCUACUGUUCUGGGGCUACGUGACCAAAUCUCAGAUCAUGAACUACCGAGCACAAAAGUUUGAAUGGGAGGGUAAUCCAACAGAUUUACCGGCCUUGUGGACAUAUUCGAAAUCAACCGCGACCUUUUCCCCAACGACCUUUUAUGUCAGCUGGAACGGCGCAACGCGCGUCAAGUACUGGCGAUUCUACGGUGCCAUGAACAUCACAGGACCCUAUACCCUCCUCGACGAAGUCGAGAAGAUCGGAUUCGAGACCGUCUACACCAACGUCAACUAUUACCCCUGGGGCCAUGCGGAAGCGGUAGACGGAACAGGCAAGGUCCUCAGCAAGUCGCGGAACAAAUUCACCUUUGUACCAUCGCCAGAACUGCAGGGCUUCUGCCAGGAAGAAGACUGCAGAAAUCCAGUCGGAUACGGAAUCCCUGGAGAUUUCCACAUGCAGCCUGAAGCUCCCGUGCAGAGACCAAUUAUCCCCCCCAUGGGCAUCAAUACCGUGCCCUGGGUGGACCCCGAACAUCCCGAGAAUCACUACGACGGGAAGCAAUCGCAAUUAAAAGAAGAGGAAGAGAAGGAGAAGGCAAAGGAGAAGGAAAAAGAGAUCGACUAUAUCCAAAUUCUAUAUGAUAAUGCGGAAUGGGGGAUCGUCGCAUUGGGGGGCAUUAUCUUGGCUCUUGGGGUAUAUCUCAUGUACCGCUUGUUCCGACAGCCAAAGCAUCCUCUGACACGGGUCAAAGAGCACUCGUCGACCGAUACACUGGAUGAGAUGGAGGAGCGCAAGCCGAUAGACAGGUCGGCGAGACUGUCAUGGUGGCAUUGGCGACGAUGGGUGGAGGAUGAAGACGAGGAACCACCGCAUUAUUUUCCGUUGGCGGAACGGCACCAACAUGAUCGAUAGUCAUAAUUCAUUCUGUAUUCUGUAUACUGUAGAUAGUUAUUAAUUGAUAGAGCAUAGCCACGUUGCUGGUAUACAUCGGGUUUAAUGACCCAAAUCGGAGAAGGGUAUUUUACAUAAAUUACACGUCGGUUCCAGCAAUACCAAAAUCCUGAGAUGCAGUUCUCUGUACGCGCCGAAAUCAACGGAGGUCAAAGCAUGAUCAUCAGGACAUCAAAAUCAAAU